CUGCACUGAGAAAACGCCAAAGCUCGAUUCCUGCCUGUUUCAGCUCGGUAACGGUUCUUUCUUGCUUGUAGUUAAAAAACUGAGUAAAUCAGGCGCAUGUGUUGUAUUGGCGUUGUAUGUGGAUAUUGAAUUAGUUUCAAACGUAUUUUGAACUUCAACAGUGAUACUAAUUUUCAUUACUUCAUUUGUUGUACGGUAAAAAUGACAUCUUGUCGUUACUUCCUGUCGCAGUCAUUUGCCGUUUUUGAAUGAUUAGAGGGAUACUUGGAACUAUAAUCCGUAUAUAUGUUCGUCAACUAAUUUGCUUUGAAAACCAAUUGUAAAGUAACCGAGAGUGUCAGACAAAUAUUAAACACAAGUUUUCUUUAAACAUGGAUUCUACUGUGCUGUCUGUAAGCUGGAAAGAUCAUUCUGGUGCACUAACUGAAGUUUGUAAAACUUUAUUGGACAACAAUUUCUUGGUUGAUUGCACUAUAGCAGCUGAGGGAAAAGCUCUGAAAGCGCAUAGGCUGAUUUUGUCUGCAUGCAGUCCUUAUUUCCAGAUGUUGUUUGGUGAAGAUUGUGAGAAGCAUCCAAUUGUCAUUAUUCAAAAUGCAUCAUUCGAGACUCUGAAGGCCAUGGUUGAUUUUAUGUACCAUGGAGAGACCCAGGUUCCAGAAGAACGCUUGGAAGCAUUUCUUACACUUGCAGAAACUUUGCAAAUCAAGGGCCUGAAUGAUUCUUCAAAGAAGAAUAGGAGGAAGCUCCAACCUGUUGAUUCUACUAGAGAGACUAGGCAUCGUCUUCCUCCUGAGGAUCAAAAAGUUACUUGUGAAGUACAGAUAGCCAGUGCAAGUCAUGAACCCAGCCCUGAGAAUUCUUCUGAACAGCACCAUUCCUACCAUUCAGAAGAGUAUACAGAUGUUACUGAGAACUGUUCUGUUUCAUUGGAAGGGAACAAUAGUUCGUAUGAACCAGUGAAAUCAACAUCAGUGAUACAAUCUUCCCAACAGAUGCCUCCUUUGCCGGAACAAGAGUCACGUGAUGCAGAACACAAUGUGAAAUCUGAACCUAUGCAUCAUGUGUAUUUAGUGCCAAAACAUGAACAAAUGGAUGAAGAUGAAGGUGAUGAACCCCCACAGGAUGUGUCUGAAUGUGAUAUAAAUGAAGAAGCAACAUCUGGAUUUGAUGAACAACAUAUGAAUCAGUACUCAAGUGUUCCUUCAUGCUCAGAUAGUGGCAAUGUGCUGCCGGGUGCCUUUGCAAUGCCACAGAUGGCAGGACCACCGGAUGUGCAAGUCUGGUGCAGUGAGGAUGAAAAUUAUGGGGACUUUGUCAAUAGAGAAGCAAGCACUAGAGGUAUUUAUCUUAAUGACACAACUGCAAAUGCUGCCAUAUUUGGUUCAGCUAAUGGUAACAUGAUACUUGACAUGAGUUAUGAGAGUUCACCUCUAAGUGGUUCUGUGGUUUUGACUAGCCCUUCAAAGGAAGGACUGAAGCGUGUAAGAAAUAAAGAAAAAUGUCUCAAAAAAAUUGAGAAAUUUGGCAAUGAUGUGUCAAUUGAUCCAUACAAAUGA